AUGAUUGUAAUAUCAGCGGCUACAAUUGUUGGCGUUAUAACGUCUGUUAUUGUGGCUGGAAUAAUCGUUAGUAAGCAAAGCGGACCUUUUCGAGAGACUAAAAUCGUGCUGAAAUUGCCGGCACAUGUUGUUUUAAACAGAUUUAUUGAACCAUACGAACUACCAUUGUUUUAUAAUGCACUUGAAACAAUGAAUAUCUGUACUGAAGAUAUUAAAAAACUUCUGAAAACUAAAUUUGGAGAUAAAUUUGUUAAUCUUAAACUCAUAUACUUUUCACCGACACCUAAUAUUACAUAUAGUGAAAAAAAAAAGUUGAUAUCCAAGAGGAAAGUCUUACAUCAAUACGACGGCAAUUCUAAUAGUGGAGAACCAACAGCAACACUACAAACAGCAGGCAAGUCAACAGUAUAUCCUGCAAAUAGUUCUAUAGCGGAAGAUACAACAUCGAGUAAGUGUACAAUUUUAGUCAUAACUUCAUAUUCUACAGAUACUUUAGAGGAAAACACCAAUGGCUUUGCCCACACAACAGCUAGAAUAUCUAAUGCUCCACAGCCAGUAGACAUGAAAUCAUCAGUUAUUGGUUUCUCCUCAAUAUCAGAAUACACUGACGAUCAAAACCAUCUGACAACAACACCUGUACGAUAUACUUCGGAUAAAAUAUCUCAGUUCUCAUCAACAACGUCGACUAUUUUUAACAUUAAUACAAGUCGAUGUAAUACUUCUCAUAAUGCAAUUGGUCACCCAUCCAUUAAAUCAUCAAAAAUGUUUCUAUAUUUUCAUGUUAGAAAUGGUGAAACUAUAUUAGUUCCAGAAAUUAUAGAUGCACUUAAAGAUUCGAAACCAACUAUUGUGGUAUUUACCAGAUGUGGAGAACCAAGCACCAAAACAAGUUCUUUCAACCAGGCAUUGUCCAAAAUUGAAUCACCCACUCAAGUUGAUAUUGACCUAGAAGCUAUAAAGACUCAACCAAGCAUCCCUUCCGCAUUGCAAGCAAGUGUCACUAAAAAAGCAGAAGAAGCAGUAGCAGCAGCUAUAGCAGCCAAUGAGCUUCAGCUGCCGAUAAAUACUACAACAACAACAUCUACUACACCUACAACUACUACCACAGCAACUGUUACAACAUCAGUAACUACUGCUACAACUAGUACUACAACAUCAAAAGCUGCUGCAACAACAGAAGCUGCUACGACAACAGAAGUUGCUACAACAUCAACUAAUACUACAACAACAGCAACUACUACUACAUCAAGAGUUAGUACAGCAAUAGUUAUUAUUACAACAUCAGAAGCUCCUACAACAUCAACAACAACAAGUACUACUACAACAGAAACUGUUACAUCAGUGGAGACUGAUACAACAACAACAACAACUACUACUACUACUACAACAGAAGCUGCUACAACUAGUAUUACAACAUCACAAGCUGUUACAACAACAGUAACUGCUACAACAUCAAUUAAUAUUACAACAACAGCAAUUAGUACUACAUCAACAGCGAGUGCAGCAAUAGUUACUAUUACAUUAUCAGAAGCCCCUACAACAUCAACAACAACAACUACUAUAACAACAGAAGUUGUUACAUCAGCGGAGGCUGAUACGACAACAACAACAACUACUACUACUACAGAAGGUGCUACAACAACAGAGAUUGUUACAACAAUAACAGAAGCGACUACAACAGUAGAAGUUGAUGCAACAACAACAGAAGCUACUAAAACAUCAGAGGUGGAUACAACAAUAACAGGAGUUGCUACAACACCAGAGAUUGAUGCAACAACAUAG